GCAACGGUUCAUGUCCCUGCGCGAAACUCGGGCUUAUUCGACUUUGGUCAUCAUCCUCCUUGUGCGUGUCCUGACUUCAACUAUUUAUCGCAUUGUGCCGCGACGAUCAAGACGACCGGCCCAUUCAAUUGGCAGCGUUGUCUCAGUUUGCGUCAAGCCCAUGUCUCCAGUGUUGAUGCUCUCCCGCUGAGCCGCCUCGACGAUCCCUCUUGCUACUACACAGGACAUAAAGGCAGGUUACAUGCGAGGGACCAAAAUAAAAUAAAAUAAAAAAUCAACAUACCCAUCACCAUGGAUGCGCUGGGACGUCGCCAUAUCCAGGACCACAGCGGCGAUGACGAGACGCAGGCGCACUGGGGCUACCCGGACCGCAUCGUGCCCUGCAAGAACGAUGCCGGAUCGUGCGCCUACCUCGACAUCGCCUAUGCCGCGCACGAUGUCGGCAUGCUGUACAUGGGCGUGCUCUGGGCGACGCUCGGGGGUAUCCUGCUGGUCUGGUUCCUCGCGAAGCGCAUCAGCCGGCCGACCAUGCAUCCAUCGCCAAAGCUGAUUCGGAACGGAGCCAGCAAAGUGCGGCGGACCGUCGCCGCCUACAGUCGACGAUAUCUCCUGCCAGAUGCGAACCACUUCAUCUUUGGCCGCACGACUCGGCUGCAGGUGUUGAUACUCGCGCUCUUGUCGGCGUACCUGCUCCUCUGGAGCUUCGUUGGCAUCGUGUACGGCACUUGGAUCACGCCGGUCAAGAAGAUGCCGGGCGUCUUCAACACACGGACCAGCCUCGGCCCCUGGUCUAACCGCGUCGGUGUCAUCGCCUAUGCCCUGACGCCGCUCUCCGUCCUCCUCAGCAGCCGCGAGUCGCUGCUCUCGGUCCUCACGGGCGUACCCUACCAAAGCUUCAACUUCCUCCAUCGCUGGCUUGGCUACAUUAUCCUCGCCCAGGCCAGCCUACACACCAUUGGAUGGUGCGUCAUUCAGCUCCGGCUCUACCAACCACAGCCCACUGCUGCCCUUGAGUGGGUGGUGCAGCCGUACAUCAUCUGGGGCAUCGUGGCCACGAUACUCAUCCUCCUGCUCUUCGCCCUGAGCACGCCGUGGGCAAUCCGCAUCACGGGUUACGAAUUCUUCCGCAAGGCGCACUAUGUGCUCGCCAUGGUGUACAUUGGCGCGUGCUGGGCGCACUGGAACAAGCUGGAGUGCUUCCUGGUGCCCGCCUUCAUCAUCUGGGGCAUCGACCGAGGCGCCCGUCUCUUCCGCACCGCCGUGCUGCAUUACCACCCCGCGGCGGUGACGAGGGCGGGCUUCCGGCCCCUGCACGCAGAGGUGACGCGGUUCCCGGACGCCGAGCACGGGGACGUUGUGCGUCUCGACUUCGACAACGAGCAGGACUGCUGGGAGAUAGGACAGCACUACUUCCUGUGCUUCGCCGAGUGCAGCAUCUGGCAGUCGCACCCCUUCACGCCUCUCAACGCCCCGGUACUUCAGAAGGGCGUCGUGCGGCAUUCGUACAUAAUGAGGGCCAAGUCGGGCGAGACGAAGAAGGUGGCAGACGUGGUGGCUAGGAAGUCUCAGCUGGCUGGGGACGCGGGCGCUGCCACCACGCCCGUCAUACUCACCGGCCCGUACGGCGAGAACCUCAUGGAGAAACUGGCCGUCGACACCAACGUCGUGUGCGUGGCCGGCGGCACGGGCAUCUCCUACGUGUUGCCCAUGCUGCUGCAGCUCGCCCGGGAGCGGCCAGUGCCCGACCGUAAGAUGGAGCUGAUCUGGGCGAUGCGGCACUCGAGCAAUGUCGACUGGCUGCGCGACGAGAUGGAGACUUUGCGCAGGGCGCAAAAGAGCCUGAACCUGACCAUUCGCCUGUUCGCCACGCGGGACGUGGACUCGGGCGUACGCGAGAAAGACGAGGUCAAGUGCGCAGGCGCAAAGGACAUGGACGUGACAGAGAUCGGCUCGUCUUCUUCAGAGGACGCGUGCCCUUGCGACGGCGGGGUGCCGGUUGACAGGAUCGGCGACGCCGCCUCCGACGAGAGCAGACACCCGGCGCUGGGGCAGUUGGUGGGCGACUUCGUCGAGCAGACGGUGGCGGGGCGGACCGUCGUCUUCGCCAGCGGGCCGGGCGGCAUGAUCACCGACUUGAGGGCCAUCGUGGCCCGCUUGAAUGACCCCGCCAAGGUAUGGCGGCGACAGGAGAGGUUCGACGUCGACCUGGUCUGUGACGACCGGUUGGAGUGGUAGUUGUGACCAGACGCCGCAAUGGAGGACGGCGAGCGGAAGCGAAAGCUGGCGCGGCUGGGACGUGGAGCGAAAGACUAUAUGAAUAUACCCAUACUCAACAUGAAGCGAUAUAUGCAAUGCCCAUCUAUCGUGGGCGCGCCUUGAACGAAUGGAUGCCCCCAUGACCAUCUAAAUACGCCAAGUACAGAACAUUGAUGAUAAUCCCAGGUCCACAUCACCCAGCCCUUGCUUCUCCCAGACAAGCACACAUUCCUUUGAUGAUUCGCGUUUGACGUGUCAUGCCAUGUCCAAACUAUGCCAGACGCGACAUGAGAAGAUGAAUGGGGUUCGGUAUAUGUAUUGGAGUGUUGUUUGGUAUGCGACGGGAAGGCGACUUGCACAACAUGAUAAAGGCCGCUCGUUGGUGUCAUAGGAACCUAUUCCACCAGUCGCGCCCAGAUAACAUGUUAAGGAGGCGUGCUUGGUCUACCUUCUUUCCCUUUCUGUUGGUCGUCCAAAACGAGUUCGGCCGUUCCUUGCAGAAGG